AUGAGCAGCCUCCUAGACCUCCCAGCAGAGAUCCGCAUAAACAUCUACCAGCACAUCUUCGCCGACGCUAAACUAACCCUCCACGACUCCCACUGCUCCCUGACAACAGGCUUCGGCCGCAAAAGAAGCAACAUCUUCCAACGGCGGAAUAUUCACACCAAUAUCCUCCUAACAUGCAAGACAUGCUUCGACGAAGGCCAAAAGGUCUUCUACGAUAAUCUUGUCCUGAGCCAGGAACAUGGGCAAUACAGCAGUAUCUGGAAUUUCGUGUCUUGUUUGACGCGAGCAAAUGUCAAGGUUAUACAGAAUGUUAUGCUGGACCAGCUUCGUGUCGAGCAGUUUCCGAGUUUGCGGACGUUGCUGUAUAGCCAGACGUUGUAUGUGGCUGUGGAUGAGGAGAGUGGUUCGGAGGAUUCGGAGUGUGAGCCGAAAGACCUCUUUAGCGGAACAGUUCGUGGCGAUGGAAUUUUGUACGAUGUGUAUGCGGCGAGGAAGUAUUGUAGAUAUCGAGUUGCGGAGGCUAUUGAGGCUCGGCAGAUUGAUAUGCUGGCGGAAGUGUGUCUGAUAGCCUGCAACGCGGACAGUCAUCAUGCUUCGGCGUAUGGGUAUCGCUCUUCGGCAUUCAAUAUUAUUACACAUCUGUCUAGUUGUCCGGCGGAGCAUGUUGAGAUGGGACACAUCUACCUUGACUUCAACAAAUCUAGAGGUUUCCUGGACAAGCACGGGAAGCAGGGACGAGAUCUAAGCCUGCGGAGGCUAUCGCAAAGUGAGUGA